GCGGAAAGGCCUGGCCCCUGUCAGGUGACCGCCGGCUGGCGUGGUCACGUGACAACGGCGGGCGGGUGGCUGGAGUUAGAGUUGAUGUAGGAACGAGACGGCUGCUAUGGACGCUGCUGGAGGGAGGCGUGGAGGGUGCCCGGGCUCCCCUCGCCGGGCUGGGGCUCUGCUGUGGGGCUGGGCCCUGCUGGGCUGCGCCUGGUGCCCUCGCCCCCCGGGGGCCGCUGCCGCUCCUUUCCUAGCCGGCUACGCGCUGGACGAUUCGGUCGGGCUGGGCCGUGAGUUCGACGGCAUCGGGGCCGUGAGCGGCGGAGGGGCCACCUCUCGACUUCUGGUGAAUUACCCAGAGCCUUAUCGCUCUCAGAUUUUAGAUUAUCUGUUUAUGCCAAAUUUUGGUGCCUCUUUGCAUAUUCUCAAAUUAGAGAUCGGUGGUGAUGGACAGUCAACAGAUGGUACUGAACCCUCCCACAUGCACUAUGAAAAUGAUGAGAAUUAUUUCCGGGGCUAUGAGUGGUGGCUAAUGAAAGAAGCUAAAAAGAGAAACCCCAACAUUAAAUUGAUUGGGUUACCUUGGGCAUUUCCUGGAUGGAUAGGGAGGGGUCAGAACUGGCCCUAUAAUCAUGUGGAUGUCACUGUUCACUAUAUUGUUUCCUGGAUUCUAGGCGCCAAGCAGUAUCACAAUUUGGACAUUGAUUAUAUUGGGGUGUGGAAUGAAAGGUCAUUUAGUAGCAAAUAUAUCAAGCUCUUAAGGUACACCUUGGAUAAACGAAGUCUGCAGCAGGUGAGGAUUGUAGCCAGUGAUAACCUGUGGGAGCCAAUUUCCUUUUUCAUGAUGAUCGACUCUGAGCUCCAUCAAGUGGUCGAUAUCAUAGGGGCUCAUUACCCUGGAACAAAAACAGUGGAUAAUGCCUUAGCAACUCAGAAGAAACUAUGGGCUUCAGAAGAUUAUAGCACUUUCAAUGAUGAAGUGGGUGCAGGCUGCUGGGCUCGGAUCCUGAACCAGAACUAUGUGAAUGGAAAUAUGACCUCCACUAUUGCUUGGAAUUUGGUGGCUAGUUAUUAUGACGAUUUGCCCUUUGGUCGGAAUGGAUUAAUGACAGCGCAAGAGCCAUGGAGUGGCUAUUAUGCAGUGGAAGCUCCCAUCUGGAUCACAGCACACACAACCCAGUUUACCUACCCUGGCUGGCACUACCUGCAGGUGGAUGGACAUUUAGAAGGCGGUGGCAGCUAUGUAGCUCUGACUGAUGGCCUAGGCAACCUUACUAUCAUCAUUGAAACUAUGACUUAUUUGCACUCUCAGUGUAUCAGGCCUCCACUGUUUCCCUUCAUUGUGUCCCCUCAGAAAGCAACUUUCUACCUCAAAGGAUCCUUUCAUGAAGUGAAAACCUUGCAAAUGUGGUAUACUAAGCUUGGCUUCAAAUCUGCAAAUUCCACCUUAUUCCAUCCUCUUCCUCCUGUAAAGGUAUAUGAAGGUAUGUUCAGCUUAAAUCUGGAUGUGGAUGAAGUCUACACGUUAACUACCCUCAUGAGAGGCUGGAAAGGCACUUACCCAGAUCCUCCCCAGUCCAAGCCUUUUCCUUCAAAUUACAAGGAUGAUUUCAACAUUCGUAAUCCGCCCUUUAGUGAAGCUCCAAAUUUUGCUGAUCAGACUGGGGUAUUCGAGUACUUCGUCAACACUUCUGAUCCAGGGGACCACAUUUUCACACUCCGUCAGGUGGUGGUUCAGCGACCCAUCACUUGGGCUUCUGAUGCAGACCAGGCCAUCAGCAUUAUAGGAGACUUUAAAUGGGUAAAUGUGACAAUAACUUGUGAUGUGUACAUAGAGCGCCCGGUCAAUGGUGGUGUGUUCAUUGCAGGAAGAGUAAACAAUGGUGGGAUAUAUGUUCGACGUAGCAAAGGACUCUUCUUCUGGGUGUUUGCAGAUGGCACCUACCGGGUCACUGGUGAUCUCUCUGGAGAGGAAGUCCUGAUGAAAGGAAUGUCUGGUGUACGAGCCAGAGCAUGGCACACGCUCACUCUGAACCUCAGGGGUUCUUCGGCCUCAGGAUCGCUCAAUGGUUAUCCUCUCUGGGAGAAUGUCACCAUAUCUGAGACAAGUCAUGGCUGGGCGGCUAUUGGAACACGCUCCUUUGAAUUCGCGCAGUUUGACAAUUUUCACGUUGAGGCCAGCUGAGGUUGCUGGCAUACUAGGACAAGCCAGUUAUUUUAUUACUACUUUGAAUCUGAGCCAGUUCAAACUUGGGAGAUAACUCGUAAAUACUAUUUUGAGGUUGAUCUGUAGGCCAGGGUUCUAAAUUCCUCCCUUAUUUAUUACGAUUUGUUAGAAAUUUACUUGAGUAGGUAGGUGUACGCAUGCCUGUGACUUAAUCAAAAGGAUGCUCUGGGAUUUUGCCCUUUAAUUUCUAGAGAUAAGUUUUUGUUUAAGUUAGAGAUGGCAAACAGGAGCCAUGGAUUGAAACUCUCUUGAAUAUUUGGAAUCAGAACGAUGUUUGCCUUUUUUCCCCCUGCCCGUAGUCUGAGGCUAGGGAAUACACAACUGCAAGUGCAUUUGAAUUACUUCUCCCAGUUAUAAAUGAGACCUGCAAUACCAGCCUUUAGAUAUAUAUGUUUUGGGGCUGUAAUCUGUACAUUGGAGUACAAACACAGCUUAUGGUUGAUCUGGCCAUUUAGGAAGUGCCUUAUUUUUAAACUAUCUCUCUCAUUAAUGACAGGGUAGCAAGUGAGGUUUUUGUAAUACAAUCAGCUGUUGAUAUCCCCACUCCUUUCUGUGCACCAUCUUGGUGGCUUUUCCAGGAGGGAGGGGAAAGAUGCGUCUCUUAAUUUGGUGAGGUGCUUAGAUAAAAUGGUCAUGAUCUCUUGAAGUACAGAUGAGCAGAUUUCCUUUUGAGUUGACACCCAAGACAGCUGUGUCACUCAGCUACUGAAUGGUCUGAUAAGUAAAGACCCCAUUCUGAGAUGCAGAAAUUAUCUUUCAUUGGAUGUUGGUAACUGUAAACUUUUCCAUUCAUGUCAGGGCAGGACUCCAAAGUAGCUAAUAUGUGAAAGAUGUGCUGCUUUUCCUAAAAGGUUUGUCAAGCAUCUUCCACUUAUGAUACAGGACUCUAUCCUAAAACAAAGAAUAAAUUAAGUAUAAUUACACAUUAUAAAUCCUCAGGGGGAAAAAACCCUCUCUACUUUGCUGUCAUUCCAAGUCACUGCAACAGCUGCAGAGUUAAUUUAUUAUUGAAUGUAUAAGAGAGUCUUGAAGUACAGAGUGAGACUCUCUCAUAUAUUGCUACUCUACGUUCUGGAAACUCCUGCAUUUUUCUUCCUUCUUUUGUUCAUGUUCUGUGCGGCUCAACUUGGUAGUUCAGCGAGAUGUCAUCUUGUCAUGCUAGGAGGGAAAACUUUCCAUACCUCCUAAUUGAUUAAUGCUUACCAUAUUUCACUGUUUUAAUUGAGGAAAUCCAGUGAGACAAGAAUCUAACUCCAGAGUUGAUAACACACUUGAAACCUGGGCAAGGACCUAUUUAUGAGGCCAUCUUCUGUCUUAAGAGACUGCCCCAAAGGAUCUCUAAACAUACUGAGCACAGUUCGGAUCCACUUUUAUUAGAAAA